AUGGCAAGUUUCCUGUGGCCCAUAUGGGACACCCAACCUCAUGUGGGACACUCCAGGACCGUAGAUGGUGCCUUCCUUUUGAAGGGCGCCGACGAGUAUGUCAAGUGGCCGAUCCAGCUGCCUGGGAACUUUUUAGUGCAGACCCGCUUCCGCAGCCUGGCUCGUGGUCCCAGCCUGGGCGUGCUCACUCGGGUGGCCCACUCGGACUUGACGGCUGUGCUCUUCGUAUUUUGGGACACGGCGCCCAAGGGGGCCAGGCAUCCUUACUUCCAGUCCCACCAGAUGGACUGCGACGGAAGCUGGCUUGACCAAGUGGGUUUCGUGGUGAACCGUCAGGGGAGCCAUAUCCUCAAGUCCGGAGCACACUGGGGCUCAGCCGUCCUCUUUCCUGGGGAGGUCAUGGAGCCCCAAGAGUGGUGCGGAGAGUGGCACGACGUCUCCCUGGAGCGCCAAGCCGGCCAGCUGACCGUUACGGUGGAUGGGAAGUUUCUGGCGAAGAGUUUCUCCCGGAAUACCUUGCACAGCCUUAGCAGCAUUCCACAAGCUUUCUGCAAGCACUGUGGCAGCAUGACGUGGCGCGUGGCCGCAGUCGGCCUGCGCCCGCAUCAUGAGUCCCGGAGCGCCAUUCAGAUCGAGCGCCUGAGCCUGGAUGUGUCCCAGAAUGGAGGCGUGAAGCGGAGCCUGUGUGAGCAGCCUCCCGUCGAAGACAGCGCUUCCCUUGUACAGAGCGUGGUGAAGGCCGAUGGCCUCAAAGCCGAGCUUUUGCUCAGCCGGCAAGUCUGUUCUCUUAGUGGCACGUGCGAGCGCUUGUUCGUGCCGGAACCGACAGGUGAUCUGUGUGCCGCUCUGUCCUUGCUCUUGGAGAGGAACGGCCAGGAAGAAGAAAACGUCGCCAAGAAUGCCUCACCAGGCAAGAAGGCUGCGGUUGCUGGGGUGAACGGCACGCACGAGACGCCGGCCUCGGCGAAGCUGGACACCCUGCAGCGUCGGAAGCGAACCGAAAGCCCUGGUGUGGCGCACCUUGUUGCAAGGCCGAGACAUCAGCCGAAGCCGUGA